AUGGAAAGUCAAGGAGCUAAGGAUGUUUCAAGAAACGCUGGAUUUGAAGAUGCAGAGGUUGUAAGCUCUGGGUACAGUGUCAGUCCUGUUGCAGAUGAUUUGGGUCAUACAGAUGACAUUUCACAUGUUGAUCCUGAACCUUUCAGGGCGUUGGAUUUGCUUGGGACUGAGCAACUUUUUAGGCGUGAUGUUGGUCAAGAGCCUGCAGUCGUUGCUGAGCCCGGAGCUUUGAAUUUCAGUUUGAACGAUCUUUUUGGAAGUGGUGAGGAUGAAGCUGAUUUUACUGGUUUUCAGGAGCGUGCUGAAUCUGAAAGGGACUGGACUCAUGUUACAGAGCCUUCAGUUCAGUCUGCAAAUGAUUUAGCAUUUCCUGAUGAAGUUGACCUUGUUGAACAUGACGUUAGUGGACCAGUGGUCAGCAAUUCAACCUGGAAUCAAUUGGUAGCUGGAAGCUUCUCACAGUUCCGUGAGCUGCCAAGUGACUUGAAGUUUCCUUGGGAGACGGGCACUAUGGCGGCUGUCUUCAACUUCGAUGCUGACCCGCUUCCCAGGUGCCCAGGUCUUGCAGAAGUUGUACAUUCAAGUUCAGUUGAAGGUCCAGAAGUUUCGCAAUCCAAAUUAACUGCUUUUGCUUUACCUGAUGAAGCUCAGUAUGUUCAUGCGGUGAAGAGCAUGCGGGACAUGAGUUACUUCGAGGACAAGAAUCAAAAACUUGAGCUAGCAUGUGCGCAGUGGUUGAAUAUUCUUUCAACAUGUUGGAGUGCGUCUGGCAUCGGUCCUCAACUUGUCAGUGCACUUCAGCAGGACAAUUCAGGUGUGGAAGCUGUGACAAUCCUUAAGUCUUGUUUUGGGGUAAAGAGCCCUGCAACUUUGCUGAAGCGUGCCAGUGCCUUCAGAAAGUACAUGGCAUGGUUUGACAAGAACCCGGCAUGUCAAGAGUUGAACAAGAGUUCACUGCCGUUGGACGAGAGCUCAGUCUGGCUGUACUUCAACUGGUUGAGAGAUCAACGUAUUGCUUCAGCCAAAGGGUUUACAGUUCCCACAUCAUUCCUUGAAUCAGUGCGGUUUGCCAAGUUUACAGUUGACCUCAAUGGGACAGAUGCGAUUUUGUGCUCACGCCGCCUUUUGGGGUUUGCAGCAAUCGAGCAAAGAGAGAAGGGCCCCUUGAAACAGGCACCAGGCUUGGAGCUUGAGCACAUGAGGAGAUUGCAUCAGAUCCUACAGUCUGAUGGGAACAUCACGGACAGACUGGGUGCAGGAGCAUUUCUGGUUUGCUUGUAUGGCCGUGCAAGGUGGUCAGACUUACGGUAUGUCAGCCAUGCCGACCUCACAGGAGAUGAUUUUAUGACUCUGUAUACAACUGAGCAUAAGACUGCUAGUGUUGGACUGAAGAGGCAACAGUUUCUUCCCAUUGCAGUUCCCUGGGAAGGGGUGACAUCAGAUUCUUGGCUACGAAACUGGCUGGAGAUUUAUCACCGUUGUGGGCUUGACAUCAAUCAGAAGCCACUUGGGCCUCUUCUGCCAGCCCCACGUUUGGAUGGGACAUUCUGUGCUCGACCCUUGACUACAAGUGAGGCUGCAGUUUGGCUGAGGGGGCUUCUGAAGGGUACUAGCAACUCAGAAACUUUUCGGAGUCACUCCUUGAAAGCGAGCCUUUUGCUUUGGUGUGCACGUGCUGGCCUUGACAAAGAAACACGAGCUGUUUUAGGACAUCACUGCACAGCGUUGAGUGGAAGUGAAGUGGUUUAUAGCCGUCAGCUGCAAACAAGGGCACUCAGGAAACUCAGUUUGAUCCUCAGGCGUGUGAGGACGGGUCAAGCAAUUGAGGAUGAUGCCAUGAAAGAGUUUGGCAUUGUUUCAACGCCUCUUCCUUUCACUCCUGCAGCGGCUGCUAGGACUCCUGUCGCUGUGCCACAACAGGUCAUUCUGGCGAAGCCAGUUGAGCAAGGUGAAGUCGACAACUCAGGGGUGUCGAAUGCUGUCAAGUUGGCCAUGGACUGUGAGGACCUGCAGAGUGUCAAAGAAGAGCAGUUUGAUGUGCAGACGGUUGAAGCAGCAGCUAGUGAGCUCACACUUUACCCAGUAGAUGUUGUCAGUUCUGGUGUCGUUGAAAUUGAAUCGUCAUCUGGAAGUGACAGCGACAGUUCAACCAGUGAUUCUUCCAGCACCACAGAGCUGGAACCUCAGAAAGAUCAGCCAAGCUUCAUUGAGCAUGUGCCAGAAGAUUUUGAUUUUUAUCGUCAUGCCAAAAGCGGCAUUUUGCAUGCGUGCAAGCUGAGUGAGUCUGGCCAGAAACUCAGCCUCUCACAGCUAAAGAAAGUUGUUGCUUUCCCAAAGGGGAUGACUUGCAGCGUCCGAACCUUGAGAAAAAUUGCAGCAAAGGCUGAUUUGCAAGAGGUGGAAUUUCAAGCGGAAAGCCGGAGACUGGAAUUUGCAGCCAUGUCUUCCUUGAUAGAUAGCACUGCUCAAUUUGAGUCGCAGAUGCGGGAGCUGGGCAUACAACAGACAUUGCUUGAUGGGCUCAAACAGCAUGGGGUACGAACCCUAUCACAGCUUGCAUUCUCUGUGGGUCAGCCUGGACAACCCAUCUUGGAUCAGAGCGUUGAAGCAUUGGUACAAGCCGCUGUAGGCCGUGCUCCAAGCCUCACAGAGGCUGCUUGCUUGAAAAGAUUGGCAUUCGAGGCGCAGACAUACUUGACUGCAACACUGAGACAGGCAGUUGACAGAUCAGAAGACGCGGUGCCGCGCAAAGUGCCAAUGGCUGAGCGAUCGACCAGAAUGGAUGCCUUGAAAGCAGCUCUGGGAGGACUGGAUAUCUCUGGGGAGCACGAGCCUGCACAUAGCUUAUUAGACAAGUGCUGUGCAAUGUUUGAGCAGAACAGCAUCAAGUAUGUGGAGCCGUCAGCAUGCAUAUCCAGGUCAUUCGAAGUUCAAGGGUCAGAGAAAAAGAACCGUGAACUGACCUUGGAGCGUGGGUCCCUAAUCCUGAGGAACUCUGAUGACCGUUUGAAUAGCCCAACUGAUUCAGAGAUCAAAUUGCACUAUGCGAUGGUGCGCAGGGGCUUGGCUUUUGAGUUUGCCAAGCUCAUGAGUUUCUCUCAGCAUUCCCAAUGGGAGAAGUUCCUUUUUGAGGCGGUUCAUCGUGAAACACCUCCAGGAUUUACUCGGCCUUCCUUGCUCCAGAUCGUUCAGUGCGACAAAGCGGCCUUUAGUCGAUUGGGGAGCACGAUGACGUCCAUUCGACAGCGUGGUGAUGGUUCGUAUCCUCUUGGUGAAGAGCUCCUCAAUCUCAGGUCGGAUCCUCAUAUUGCCUUGUACCUGAUGCCCUCAGCUAAGCAGUCUUCCACUUCGACUGCAUCCAGCCAUCAAGGACCACGGGCACAUCCAUACAGUUCUGGAGGGCAAACAGCCAAAGGAAAGGGAGGUGGAAAGAGCAAGUCAAAGCAGAAGAGCUCACCGCCAAUCCCCUCUGAAUUGAGGGGGAAGUGGCACAAGACCCCUUCGGGGGUGGCUUUUGGUUUGCCAUGGUCCUAUGAGGAGUUCAUCAAGAAAGCUUGUCAUGUGGGACACCCAGCUUUGAAAACUUCUGGGUUUCCAGAUGAAUUGUUGGAGACGGUCAGAGUCAACGUGCAGUGGUCAGAAGAACAGAUCGCAAGAUACCGCAUUGACUGGUGUCGAAGGUGGAUGAAACGUGCGGCUGAACUGGAAGCCAAAGAGCAACAGUCCCUGCUUACAAGACACCCCAAUGUUGCCGCCUUGACUGCAGGAAAGAGAACCCUGCUCAUGCGUGAGGUCUAUCACUCAACACAGCCGGAAGACCCGGAGUUUACGGCAGACAGCCUUUUACCCCAUCUGGGUUUAGGCACAACGGAAUGCGAUAUCAACGGAUACGUGCUUCCUAUGCACACAUCCCUCCAACAGUUUGUGUGUCCUGCUUUAGAGGCUGCCGACUCAAAAUGGGUGGCCUGGGAUACGCCCCUUGAUGAAACCAAGCGGCUCCAUCUCAUGGUUUGUGACAGAGAGUUGUUCAUCGCCGUAUGUCACCACGCCAGAGCACGCAAUUGGGUCAUUCAUCUUGGUGGAGGACCUCCAGCUGAUCGCAUCCUCACGCACGUGGAAUUGCACUGCCUUCCUCCAACAGAGGCAGUGGAGGUGUUGGGCCGCAUGCACAGGAGCCUUUGUCACCUUCGCGAUGAAGUGGCCAUCUUAAAAACGGAGGUGCGCCUGCUUCGACGCACCUUUGGGCAGGCGCUUGAGAAUUUAGCAGCUGCGCAUGAAGACCUGGCUCCUUUGGUGGGUUUGGUGGCCCCACCUCACGUCCGCGACGAUGACGCCAUGGACAAUGCCGACGCA